AUGGCGCACCUCGCCCGUCUGCGCCCUGUGCACCACCGCAUCAGCAUCGUUGCCGGGAUGCAAUGCACUCUGCAUCUGGCUCGGCAAAGCAUCCGCGUCACCAAGUAUGGCCCUGGAGAGUUCGUGGCGGAGUUCGGGGAGCCGCAGGAGAGGGAUCGUGCCCUCUGCAAGGGGUGCAUUGAGACUGAAGGCUCCAUCUUCCCCAUCCGGCCGUGGCUCUCGGCUGGGGGUGGUCUAGAGCGCACCUGGUGGUACCAGGUCAAGGUCACCAUGGAGCACGUCCCGCUGGAGGCUUGGAACGAGGAGGGAGUCAAGCUCAUUCUUGGUGACUCGUGCAUCUUUGACAGGGACUCGGACGGCGACAGGACGACCUUGUAUCAGGAAGAUGACCCGAUGGCCCACGAGCAUGCCUGCACCAGGCUGUCCAGAGCACCGCAGUGCUAUUCGCUGGACGAUAAUGCCGACAACAGGGCUGGCUCUCCGGAGUCCAGACCCGUCAGCAAGCUGCAAGCCCCUCGGCCCGAGGAGGUGGUCUUCGGGCCAGGUGUUCAGCUCGAUGCGCCUCAGCUAUCCAACUUCGGCCCAAGCACCGAAGAUGUCUCGGACGUGGAUGAUCCAGCCAUCCGGGACGCCACAGACCGGCACAAUUAUGAUGAAGAGACUGCAGAGGGGCCUAAUGAUUAUGAUGCCUUCUGUGCGAGGAUAUUCAAACCCGCCCCUGCUCCGAUCCUACUGAGGCCGGACUUGCCUCCUCCGCCCCCUCCGACCAGCAGCAGAGGCCGGAGGAGGGCUCCUGCUGCCUCCACCCGCUCCAGUACGCGUCUGGCAGCCCGACCAUCCUCGGUCCCAAUUGCCGAGCGUGCCCAGCACAAGCUAAUGCGCGAGCUGUCCUUCAUCAACGACAAGUCGACGGCACCGGAUGCAGCGGUCACAACAUACAUCGACAUGUACGGUGACGGCCUCCCAGAGGAGGCGGUCAAGGCCAUCAGAGUAGCAACCCGCAUGGGGAACAAGGAGCUUUCCAGGGAGCUUGCAGCCAUUGCAGCUGAGUCUGGAGCAGCAGAGAUGGAGGCUCCUUAG